UUCGUAAAAACAUAUAUAGACUAUAGGAUCUGUCUUUGAUGAUAUUAUAUAUAUAAUUUUUCUUCAUCUUCUUCUUUUUAUUUUUCCAAAAAUAAUUAUAAUGGAAGAUAAUAAUAAGAAGAAGGUUUUGGGUUUGUUGUUAUGUAUUGUUUGUUGUUUAAACCUUAAUUAUGAAGAUGGAGUUGAAGCCUCUCACAUAUAUUACCCUAUCGAUUCUAAUGUGGAGGCUGUUCAAGUCAGGCAAACUCACAGAACUGGAUACCAUUUCCAACCUCCCAAACAUUGGAUUAACGGACCAAUGUAUUUUAAAGGACUUUACCACUUCUUCUAUCAAUACAAUCCAAAAGGAGCAGUAUGGGGGAACAUUGUAUGGGCACAUUCAGUAUCAAAAGAUUUGAUUAAUUGGGAAGCCUUAGAACCAGCCAUAUCACCAUCUAAGCCAUUUGACAUAAAUGGGUGUUGGUCAGGCUCAGCCACAAUACUCCCAGGCAACAAGCCAGUAAUGUUGUACACUGGAAUUGACCCAAACCAAAACCAAGUCCAAAACUAUGCCAUCCCCAAAAACACAUCUGAUCCUUAUCUUAGAGAGUGGAUCAAGCCAGACAACAAUCCAAUAGUCUUCCCCGACAAGGGCGAAAACGCUAGCGCCUUUCGGGACCCAACCACUGCUUGGUUGGGGAAAGAUGGUCAUUGGAGAAUGUUAGUUGGUGGGAAGAGGGAUAUGAGAGGAAUGGCUCAUUUGUAUAGAAGCAAAGAUUUUGUUCAUUGGGUUAAGGCAAAACACCCAAUUCAUUCUAAGUCAGAUAGUGGAAUGUGGGAAUGCCCUGAUUUCUUCCCUGUUUCAGUGUCUAGUAGUCAAAAUGGUUUGGACACUUCUGUUGUUGGAAAUGGUAUUAAGCAUGUUUUUAAAGUGAGUCUUGAUCUUACUAGAUUUGAUUAUUACACUAUUGGGACAUAUAAUGUUAAGGAAGAUAGGUAUGUUCCUGAUAAUGGAUCUAUUGAUAGUUGGGAUGGAUUGAGAUAUGAUUAUGGUAACUUUUAUGCCUCAAAAACAUUUUAUGAUCCUGUUAAGAAGAGGAGAAUUUUGUGGGGUUGGGCUAAUGAGUCUGAUGCUCGUGAAUCUGAUGUCCAAAAAGGAUGGGCUGGAGUACAGGCUAUUCCAAGGACAAUAGUGCUUGAUCCUAGUGGAAAACAAUUGCUACAAUGGCCUAUUGAAGAAGUUGAAACUUUGAGAGGAAAGGAAAUUGAAAUUAAAAAUGCAAAAUUGAAGAAAGGAGAUAUUAUUAAAGUGAAAGGAAUCACACCUGCUCAGGCGGAUGUGGAUGUGACCUUUUCAUUUGCAAGCUUGGAUAAAGCUGAAAAAUUAGAUAGAAAAGGAUGGGACACUGCUGAAGCCCUUUGUGGUAAAAAGGGUUCUGAUAUUAGUGGUGGUGUUGGACCAUUUGGACUAUUGACUUUAGCUUCAGAAAAGCUAGAAGAGUUCACUCCUGUCUUCUUUAGAAUAUUCAAAACUACUCAAAAUAAACACAAAGUGCUCUUGUGCUCCGAUGCAAGAAGUUCUUCGUUGGGUAAGGGUCUGUACAAGCCAUCAUUUGCAGGUUUUGUGGAUGUAGAUUUAACUGAUAACAAGCUUUCACUUAGAAGUUUGAUUGAUCAUUCUGUGGUGGAAAGCUUUGGUGCUGGAGGAAAGACUUGCAUCACUUCUAGGGUUUAUCCAACCAUGGCAGUUUUUAAUCAAGCUCAGUUGUACCUCUUUAACAAUGGCAGUGAGACUGUUACUGUGGAAAGUCUCAAAGCAUGGAGCAUGAAGAAACCUCUGUUGAUGAACAAUAACUGAGAGAGAGUACUGAAUAUUGUUCUUAUUAUAACUUUAGGGUUAUUUCACUUUUAGGGUUCAUCAUAUAUAUAAUUUGCAAUAAAAAUUAAAAAGAAAAGAAAAAACAAACCAAUGAGCUAGCUUUCACUAAAUGGUUUGUUUUCUCUCUAUUAAUUAGUACUGCCCUGUUUAAUUUAUUUUUAUGUUUAUCUGUGAUCUUUUUCAUAUCAAUAUAUAAAAUAGUUUUUGUAUAU